CCUUAAUUCAGAAACUUGAUUAUAUAUAACAUACGAGAAAAAUUUGACUAAUAUCUACAACAUCCUCAAAAAUGUUGAACGUCACAGAAAAUGGUGAGCAAUUGAACUACACGACAUUGGAAGAACUCAACAAUUUAAAAGUGCAUCAACGAAUGCCCACUAUUGUUUUCCUAUUCAUACUUAUCCCUUUUGGUGUCAUUGGAAAUAUCGUCACAAUUCUUGUGUACGGCCUCAAGUAUCGUCCUUCCACCUUCAGAGUUUACCUCCUCACACUAGCUAUCGUAGAUCUUUUGUCUUGCUGUAUUGGCAUACCAGUGGAAUUGGCAGACAACCUACUUCCUCUAGUGUUCUAUGACGAAAAACUAUGUAAAAUCGGGAAGUUUUCAGGACAAAUUCUUAAAAUAGGUUCGGCGUUAAUCAUCUUUCUGAUGGCGGUUUGCAGAUAUCAGAAAAUUCGUUGGCCUUUAAGCACCAACAUUUCCACCAAAUUAACUCGGAACUUGUGCAUUUUUACUAUGUUUGUGGCCGUUUUGUUUUCAUGGCCGUUUCUUAUUUUAAAAGGUACACAGUACAAACAUUCGGAUGGGGGUGUUAUUGGAUACAAAUGUUCCACUGACAGUGAUGUUAAACACACCAUCUACCCAUUUGUCUACACUAUCGUUACAUUCGGGGUCUACAUGUUUGUGUUCUUCAGCCUGCUAAUCCUAUAUACCCUGAUCAUUCUAAACAUCCGCCGCCAUAACAAGGCAGAAGUAACAGAACACAAGAUAAAUCCCCGGAUCACAAAGAUAAUGAUAGCCAUAACUGUAGCUUUCGUCGUCUCCUACCUUCCAGAUUGUAUACUGGAUGCCAACUCCACUUUCAACAAAGGGGAUACGAUUCCGAACACACCUUUGGUAGUGGGGUCUCUAUCCUUGCUAGCCAGACUUUAUUUCGUAAAUAACGUUGUCAACCCAAUUAUUUAUUACAUAGGGGACAAAACAUUUCGAAAGAUCAUCAAACAAACAUGUCUUCGCGUGUCCAUAGUCCAUCGAAGUGGAGGCGUUAGCAGUUCAAACCUCUCAGCAAUGUCCGACACUUAUAGAACUGAAGACUAUGGUCAUACUGAUAGCAAACACACCAAAGCAGUCUCAAAUGCUCAACCAACUUCACCGGAAAACAGCGACACACAAUUGUGAUAGAACCGAGGACAAAGUUUUAUAUUUUUCCAUCUGAAGUCAGUGUCUUUAGCUUUCUUCAAAUUAUUUUUAGUUCAACUCAGUAAGCAUGUUUUGGUGACAUUUUUGUUAUCGGUUUUUGAUGCAGAUAUUGAAGCGGAUGUGGAUAUGACUACUGUUACUGUACUAAAAGUGUUUUUUUUUUUAAGGAAUACUUACUAGUGUUACUGAUAUUGUUAUUUUCAUAAAAGCCAUUUAAAUGUUACAUUAAUUGCUAACUUUUAUUUCCUUACCUAAUUUAUUUGCAUAUGAUUAUUAUUGCCCUGGCGUACUGUAAAAUUAACGCACCUUUUGCUUUAAAUUAAUGAACUAUUGUUUUUAUAUUUUAUUCAUUAAAAAUAAGUAAUGAUUUUGAAAGUUUGUAAUCAUGCGUAAAUUCUGUUGGUCUAAUAUGUACACUUCCUUUUUUUGUUAAUAAAUUGUUGUUUUAUCUAGGUGUUGGUACAUUUAAUUGCAUAAUUAACUAUUUCUAGUAGUAUUACUAUUUGCACAAUUACGACGAGUUUUUGUUAAACAACAAGAAGAGAUGACAACACUUCGUAGUAUAAAAAAACAUACCAAACAAAUAAACGAACUUAUUAAUGUUUGCUCCAAAUUGCUCGACUGAGAAUUUCUGCCGAAAGGUUCUUGCAGAUCUUUAAC